GGUUUGUUAGGAUUCCUUGUAGAAGAGUUAUGUGAUUAGGGUCUCUCUCUCUAAUUACGCUUUCUCUCUAUGAGCAAAAUUGUUCUUCCGAUUUUUGUGAAGUUUGCGUCUCUCUGAAAAGGAACAAAAGGAAUGCAUGGUGAAGUUUGCUUCUCUAUGUGGUUUCGAAAGAUAUUGAUGAUUUCUCGAUUUUUCAUAAGCCUCUGAUUCUUUAGUUUUGACCAGGCUAAUACCCCUUCUUUCAGGACAUCUUUGACACACUAAUUAUGGAGGAACAUUUCAUACUCCGGGUUUCACCAUCCAUUGCUGAACGGAUAGAUCGCCUUCUCGAUGAGAAUCCUAUGUCCUCUGAAGAUAAUUCAUUGGAUUUAUUCUUCUCUGAUGGAAGGAGCGGCUCAUUUGUCAUUGGCAACGAUCGGUUUCCAGUCUCUCUCUUAGAUCUUCCCUGUAUUGUGGAAUCGUACAAGACUUAUGAUGAUAAUGUGCUCAUCAAAACUGCUGAUAUUGGUCAGAUGAUUAUGGUGAGAGAAGAAGGCGAUCCAGCUCUCGAGGGGGUUGAAUACCGGCAUGGCCUUACUCCGCCCAUGAGGGAUGCACGUAGGCGAAGAUUCCGUAGGGAACCUGAUCUAAACCCGGAGUUAGUCCAGAGGGUUGAGCGAGACCUGUUGAGUAUCAUGGCUGGUGGAACUGCCGAGAAUGUGGAUGUUGAAGUAGUUGAGCAUGAGGAAGAUGCAGAAGAAGAUGCUGGAAAGCAAGCUCAGCAAGAUGCACCACAACCCACACCCGCAAAGCCUGAUGGUCCACCAGCUGCAGUGAACAAUGUUGAACCCGAUAGAAGUGACUCUGAUGAUUCUGACGAGUCCAUGUAGAGUGUGGCUUGUAUAUGCUGAGGUUGCAUUAACUUAAUAAGUGGCACUACUCCAAUAUGAUGUAUUUUAAGGGCCAUUAUUGAUCAAUGGCUGCACCUGCCCCCUUGGUGUUACUUGGGUAUGGGUUGGCUUUUUUGUAACAAAUUAGGAAUCAUCAGAGCUCUCAAGUGUCUUUAAUGGUUAAAAAGGGUUUAGCUAAUACGUGGUGAUUAUGGGGAUUUAGUUUUCUUGAAGUCGGUUGAGCGCUUGGUGGUGGAUUGUCUGGCUGCACAGCAUAAUGUCCAAGGAUCAAAUCCUACUUGAUCAAUUCCUCAACUAAAGAAAAAGGAGUAUCAGUUGUGUUUAAUGUUGUUUACUCUUGAAAGGAUUGGUUAAAAUGCAGAGAAGCACAAAAAGAAAAGACUCUUGACUUCUUGAUCAUUGGUCUUUAGAUUACUUGGGUGUUCUCUCUCGCUCUCUCUCUGAUGUAGAGUGGGUUGGGGCUUGAGAUCGUUCUCUCUUUUAUGGGGUGCUUUAAUCCUGUUUUUGGAAAGGUGAUAAUGUCAUUAUCGAUCUUUUUGUAUACGGUUAUAGGCUUAUUAUCUUUUUUUGAUA